UCCCUGGGAGCCUCGCAGACCAGACCAACAGUAACACCAAGAGCAGGUGGGCAGGCCUCAGCCCUCCUCCCCCACCCCAGGGCCCACUGCAGCCUCAGCCCAGGAGCCACCAGAUCUCCCAACACCAUGGUCCGAUACUGUGUGAGGAGCCUGAGCGAACGCUCGCACGAGGUGUACGGGCAGCAGUUGCAUGGGCAAGAGCAAGGACACCAUGACCAAGAGGAGCAAGGACUGAGCCCGGAGCAGGUCGAGGUCUACGAGAGGACCCAGGGCCAUUCUCACUAUAGACGCAGGCACUGCUCUCGAAGGAGGCUGCACCGGAUCCACAGACAGCAGCAUCGCUCCUGCAAAAGGCGCAGAAGACACUCCUGUAGGCACCGGAGGAAGCAUCGCAGAGGCUGCAGAACCAGGAGGAGAACAUGCAGAAGGCACUAAGCUUCCUGGGCCCCUCACCCCCAGCUGGAAAUUAAGAAAAAGUCGCCCGAAACACCAAGUGAGGCCAUAGCAAUUCCCCUACAUCAAAUGCUCAAGACCCCAGCUGGAAGUUAAGAGGAAGUCACCUGCCCAGGAAACACCGAGUGAGGCCAUAGCAACUCCCCUACAUCAAAUGCUCAAGCCCUGAGUUGCCGCUGAGAAGCCCACAAGAUCUGAGUGAAAUGAGCAAAAGUCACCUGCCCAAUAAAGCUUGACAAGACACUCA